UAAAAAAUUAAAUUUGGUAACUAUAAAAAAAUGCUCUUAAAAAAUUAAAUUUGGUAACUAUUUUUUUUUUAAUUGUAAUGAAUUUUAAUUUUAUUUUUGGUGAUGAGAACUUGGUGAGGAGAAGUUGAGAAGCAUGAAGAAGUCUAAGUCUCUGUUAGAAGUUGUCGGGUAGCAUUCAUAGCUGUGUACGUACGCCUUUGCUUUUGUUUUGUAUUCCUUCAAUGGGUCAAAAUUUUGUUUGUUAUCUUAAGAAAAAAAUUACAAAAUCUGUAGCAGCUUUGUGCAUUGUGGCAGCUCUUUGUCCUGCUCUUUGUGGCAGCAUUGUGGCACCAGCAGCUUCAUGUUGGUUCUUUGUGCAUUGUGGCAACAACUUGCUGUAGCAGCAGCUUCAUGCUGCAGCCGCAGCUUCUUGUUGGUUCUCAAUCUAUUUCUCUUCUUUUCUUGGCAGCAACAGCGGUAUUCAAUAUUAUGCUUAUUGAAUACUAAAACAACCAUAAUGGAAUCAAUAACUAUUAUAGUUGAAUAAUAUAGGAAGGAAUGUGAGAUUUUUAUGCUUGCCUAAAGCGUAUAAAUAAUGAGAUGUUUGGCUUGUCCCAAUUGUAAUGAGAAUGCAUUAUCACAACGGUUAAGAAGAAGAUAGGAUACACUGGUGCUCGCCAAUACUUACCUGAAGACCAUCCUUGGCGAAAAAGUAAGCUCUUUAAUGGUAAGGCAGAUGAUCGAGCAAGACCUUUUGAGUUGGCAAGGGAACAAAUAUUAGAUCAAUUGGAUUCAGGAACAUUUAAACCAUUUGGGAAGCAUCCAAGCAACCAAAAAAGAAAAGGGGAUGAAAAUACCGUCCUGAAUUGGACAAAGAAAAGCAUAUUUUUUGAAUUGCAUUAUUGGAAGACACUCACGUUACGACAUAACCUCGAUGUCAUGCACAUAGAGAAGAACAUAUGCGAUAAUUUGAUUGGGACUUUGUUGAGCAUUGAUGGAAAAAACAAGGACACGGAAAAAGCACGCAUGGAUUUAGAGGAUAUGAAAAUUAGGAAAGAUUUGCACUUAAAGAGGAGCGCGGAUGGGUCCUUUGAAAAGCCCAUUGCAUUGUACACAUUGUCCCUAAAGGAAAGACAAGGUUUUUGUCAGUUCUUAAAAUCGAUUAGGUAUCCUGAUGGAUAUGCAACAAACAUCUCUAGGUGUGUGAGCACUAAGGGCGGCAAGUUAUCCGGUUUGAAAAGGCAUGAUUGCCAUGUCCUUAUACAAUGAUUUCUUCCUAUUGGAAUGCGUGGGUAUCUUAACAAGGACAAUUCUAUUGCAUUGUUUGAGUUGGGAAAUUACUUUCAACAGUUAUGUUCAAAAACAGUGAGGGUGAAUGAUUUGGAGAAAUUACAAGGGAGCAUAGUACUCAUACUUUGCAAGUUAGAAAUUUUUUUUCCACCUGCAUUCUUUGAUGUGAUGGUUCACUUAGCUAUUCACAUGCCUCACGAAGCCAUUCUUGAAGGGCCAGUGCAAUAUCGAUGGAUGUACCCUAUCGAAAGAGAACACGAGAAUCAGUUACAGAGUGCAAAUGUACAUGACAUUACAAGACGACAACAAGAAAAAUUUCCUAGGUGGUUCAAAGAGCGGGUAAAUCAAUUACGAGCUCAAGGAUCAUCGGAAGCAAUUAAUGAGUUGUGGUUAUUAGCUAAUGGUCCUGGUCCAAUAGUGAAUAUUUAUUCGGGUUGUAUUUGUAAUGGCAUUCGAUUCCACACGAAAGAGCGAGACAACUGUCGCAAAAGUCAAAAUAGCAGGUUGGUUGUGUAAAUAUUUCUGAAUGAUUUGUAUAUUCAACUUGUAUAUCAAUUACAUCAAGACUAGUUUAUAUAACCCUAACGACUAACCAAAAAAGGAAAUACAAGAAUGGGAUAAAAAAAGGAAAUACAAUCAUCACAAGC